AUGUAAUACACAGAAGAGAAUAGCAAAGAGUUUUCUGAAAUUUCUAUUUUGAAAACUAAAAAUAGUGAAAUCUAAGUUGUGCAGUAAAUUGAAAAUCCGUAAACAAUCAAAUUUGAACUAUAGACCACCUAUAAAGUUUACUUAAUAAGAAGCUGAAGAAAUAAUUGAAAAAUUUCGGAUAUAUAAUUCUCAUAAUAAGAAGUUUAAGCAUGAAAGACUUUUAAAAUUUGAGAAUUGCAAACUUAAAAUUUAUAAAGAUUCAUAUUACUUUGGUCAAUUGAUAAAUGGUAAAAAGAAUGGAUUAGGAGUAAUAUUAAGUAAUAAUGGAAGAACCUAUGAAGGAUAAUUUGAAAAUGAUAGAAAACAUGGAUAAGGAUAUGAGAGAUUUCCUGAUGGAGGAAUUUAUGAUGGAACAUAUAUAAAUGGUAAACCUGAUGGAAUAGGUAAAUUUUAAUGGACAAAUGGAGAAGUAUAUGAAGGUGGAUGGUUAAAUGGAUUAAAACAUGGUUAGGGUAUAUGGAAUGGUAUUAAAGGAGAUUCUUAUGUUGGAGAAUGGAGAAUGGGAAAUCCAGAUGGUUAUGGAGUUCAUGUUUGGGUUAAUGGAGAUAGAUAUGAAGGAGAAUUUCAUAAUAGUUUAAAACAUGGUGAAGGGAUAGAAUAUUUAACAAAUGGAGAUGUUUAUAAAGGAUAAUAUGUAAAUGGUAAACCUGAAGGAGUAGGAGAAUAUUAAUGGAAUUCUGGUAGUUAUUAUAAUGGAACAUUUUCAAAUGGAUUAAGACAUGGAAAAGGAUUAUGGAUCAAAGAUAGAAAUGCUAUGUUAACUGAUACUUAUGAAGGUGAAUUUGUAAAUGAUAAAAAAUGUGGUUAUGGAGUAUACAAAUGGUCAAAAGGUAGUAAAUAUGAAGGAAAUUUUUAUGAUGAUCUUAGACAUGGAUUUGGAAGUAUGUAUUGGAAUGAUGGAUCAUAUUAUAUUGGUAUGUGGGAAUAAGGAUAUUAAUGGGGAGAAGGUUAAUAUGUAAUUUAUUUCAUUUAUUUUUUUAAUUUUUAGUGUAAGAAAGGAGAGUAACCAAAAUUUGGAACUUUUGAAAAAAAUCUAUUAGUUUAUGAAGAUUAAGAUAAAUUACUAUUAUAUUAAAGCAAAUUGCCACCUUAAAUACGUAUAAGAUAAUAUACAAGUAAUUAAAAAUUUAUUAGAUUUUAUUAGCAAGUUAACGAAGUGUAAGAUCAAAUAGUUAAAGACCUAGUAGUCAUAACUAAUAAAAAAAUAUUAGACCUAGUAGUGUUAAAAGUGUUCAUUAAAUUAAAUAAGGAUCAAUAGGCAAUAAUUAAUUUUAAUGUAAAAAAAAGAGAUAACCAUCACUACCAAAAUAAGUAUUUGAUUGUAAUUUUUGA